UUGUGUGUGUUGUGUCCAACUUAUGGACCCAUUUUUUCUGCAAAUAAUUUUUUCUGCGGCGCUUUCAGUAAAUUGUUCCGAGACUUAAUUUGACUGGUUAUCCCACUCCAAUAAUUAUGUGCGUUAUGUCCAAUAAUGUAUCCAUUCAGAUGAUAAUUUCAGGAGCUCCUUCCACUCAUCUGGAUACCUACCUGUUGUGAACAGCCAGACAAUGAAGGUUGUUGCCUUGAUCAGUGGUGGCAAGGACAGCUGCUACAGCAUGCUACAAUGCGUGGCUGCUGGACAUGAAAUUGUUGCUUUAGCAAACUUAUGUCCAGAAACUAAAGAUGAGCUGGAUAGCUACAUGUAUCAGACUGUUGGCCAUCAAGGUGUUGAAUUAUACGCUGAAGCUAUGGGAUUGCCACUAUUUCGCAAGCCAACUCAAGGAAUAGCCUUGUUGCAUGACAAAGUUUACACACCAACUCCUCAAGAUGAGGUUGAAGAUCUUUUUCAGCUACUGGAGAAAGUGAAGAAAGAAAUAUCAGUUGAAGCCGUAGCUAGUGGGGCAGUUCUCUCGGACUAUCAGAGGCUUCGAGUUGAAAAUGUUUGUUCUCGUUUGGGAUUGGUCUCUCUUGCAUACCUGUGGAGGCGAGACCAAAGCGAACUAUUGCAAGAAAUGAUCGAUUGCAACGUAAAGGCUAUCAUCAUAAAAGUUGCUGCUCUAGGGCUUGAUCCAGUGAAACAUUUAGGCAUGCAGCUUGGAGAAAUUCAACCACACUUGCUAAAAAUGAAAGAGAAGUAUGGCUUGAAUGUUUGUGGUGAAGGAGGAGAAUAUGAAACUUUUACUUUAGAUUGCCCAUUGUUCACAAAAUCAGUGGUCAUCGAUGACUAUGAAACUGUGAUACAUUCUAAUGAUGCCAUAGCCCCUGUGGGAUAUCUAAAUUUUAAACAGAUGCGCCUGGUCAACAAACCUACUGAAAGCUCCGCAAACCUCGCUGAGAGGAUAUCUUUAUUGCCGAUCAAAGUUAAAAAUGCAGAAGAUUAUUUGAGCGACCUUGAAGUUGAAACCAUUGAUUAUUACAAUGAGGAUGAAGUUGACCAACAUAUUGGAGAAGAUAGUAAGGAUGUUGGAAGGAGUCCCAGCAUGAAACAAAUUGAUUCUGUUUGUAAUCCUGUGAAACUGGUAGAUGAUCCCUCAGUUUUUGGUAACAGCAGUGGAUGGACAUGGUUUAGUAAUAUUGUCGGCACUCAUGAAGAUAUCGGUACUGCAACCAAGAUUGCAUUAGAUAAACUAUGUGCCUUACUCAAUGACCGUCUUCUGUGCCCCUCAGAUUUAGUGGCUAUUACGCUAUAUGUACGCGAAAUGAGUGAAUAUGCCAAUAUCAAUAAAGCAUACUUAGAUAUUCUAAAUCAUCCAAAUCCACCAGUAAGGAUAUGUGUUGAAAUGUUAUUCGCCAAGGAAACUCCGAUUCUGAUAGAAGCACUGGCUUAUAAACUACCCGAAGGCAGUCAGACCCCCAAGAGACAUACAAUGCAUGUUCAGAGUAUUUCUCAUUGGGCGCCUGCAAAUAUUGGACCAUAUAGUCAAGCAGUCAGGGUUAAAGAUACCAUGUAUAUAGCAGGACAGAUUGCACUUGUACCAGGUACAAUGGUGCUAAUUGAUGGUGGAAUUAGGCGGCAAGCCCGUUUAGCUUUAAGGCAUGUUGGACGGCUCAUUCAAGCAAUGGAUCCUGAGUCUCGAUUGCGAGAUGUCGUACAGGGUGUCUGUUAUGUCACUAAUGUGGCACAUAUUCUCGCAGCCAAAGUUGAAUGGGAAAGGAAAACCAACAACGCCAUAAUCGAUUAUGUUGUUGUUCAACGGUUACCUCGAGAUGCCAGCGUCGAGUGGCACUUAUGGGCUCAUCGAGGCAAUUCCAGAUUUGAUUAUGAAGAAACCGGUUGUUGCAUAAAUGAUUACCGAAUAUCCAUUCGGCGACGAUGGAAUUAUGAAAAUACUGUCGCAACUGUAGUUUGUUACGUCUCUACUGGUUCCUCAGUUUCAAAUCCUGGCGUCAGUAAGUCAUCAACGUCAGAGUCAAAUUUACUGCCAAUAUCUGAAGAGGAUUUGGAGAAAAUAAUUCGUUACGCUAUUGGCAAGUUACUUCAAGGAGAUCAGACUCCCACUGAUUCCGUACUGAGUCUUCGUAUUUUUUAUAGGAUAGACAAGUCACUUGAGCUGGCUCAAAUACUUGAAGUGGUCUCUCAAAUCAAGGAGUUUAAAAUCUCUUCAUCUGUGAUACCUGUUUGCCAUUUACAUCAUCCUAAUACUUUUCUGUCCAUCAUUGUGAUUAAGCACGAUUGAAUCGUCCCCAUGAAUUUUGUUGAGCAUCCUAAUUAAUGCUCAGACCUACUCUAUUCAAGAAGUACAGACGAGUGCUUCUGUUGUUGAUGUGUUUUGUCUACAACUGUUUUGAAUGAAACGAUACUGAAUUAUUGUUAAAUUGUAAAUUGUUAUCCUUAUCUGUUCGAGUAUUUUAUUAUUCGAGCACUCAACUGUCCGAAGAGUUUCUUCUGCUUAGAAGUUUUCAGGACUACUAUUUUAAGCUUAAGUCUUCAGACAUUUCUGUGAUAGUUAUAGUAACGACUUAAUGUAAUGCUAUUGUUUUGUUAGUUUCAAUGCGAGGAACAAACAUAUUGCAAACAUUUUUAAGCAUAAGAAAAUACGUAAAAGAAAGUCCAAAAUAAAAAGAAAUCUGGUCAUUAGGAUUUAGGGUUAUUAUUAAUGAAUUAAUAUGGAUCAAUUGAUUGAAUGAUACAGUUGUUAUGCUGAUAAACUGAAGUUUAGUAUCUAUAGGCUUGACGUUUUCGUCAGAAAUCCUAGGAUUUGACCAACAUCUUAUUUUUACUUUUACUUAAAUAUGAAGGGAUUUUUGAAUUCGUUGUUACUUUUGUGAAAAUAAUUGUGAAACAACGGUAACUUUAAGCCGAAGUAAAUAUAGAUGAACGUUCAGCCAGAAAGGAUCUUAGUUCAGCUCUGAGUGAGCCUCAUAUAUUGUGCAUUUCGAUAAGAUAGGCAGCUCUUAAGUAAAUGUAAGUGGAACCUUUUUUGCAUAUUUUUAUCCAAUUAAUGUUGAAAUAAUACAGAUUGUUACAGCAUGACAGAUUACCCGUAAUAACAGCAGCUCUUUCUAAGUUCCUCUAAAUGUAUGCAAAAUUUUGACUUUAUGAAUCAGCAAAAACUGCUCAUUUAGAAGCUAAUUCUAAAUGAUGAAUUUAUUUUGAGCUUUUGUAUGGUCAUUCAUGGUUUUCUUCACACAACUCAUACAGGCACUAAGAUGAAAUUCUUAAACUUUAUUUGAAAUUCUCAAUUUUAUCAUCUCUCUCUUUUUUAAGUCCAUUCAUAGGGUGUCCUACAGGUCUGGAAAACCACAGAUUAUAUCAGGCGAGGGAAAAGUCAGGGGAUUUUAUGAAUAAGACUGGCAUUUUGAAAAAUCUGGUAUCAUGUGGAAUAACACCUGUGUUGUCCACACAACUAGACUGAUUGUGAGUCUCAAUCUGGUUCGGUACUCAAUGCUCUGUAGAGGAAUAAUUUUCAACAAGAAAUUGCAAUUUUAGUUACCUAAUUGAAUGAUGAACAACUGAAGAAAAGAUUCUCACAUGUGUUUGUCAUCCGUCACAAAGUUAAUUCCAAAAUUUUUUUAAUUUUCAGUUCUACACUUUUAAAAUUAUCAAUGUGAAAAAUCAAGAGAAUUUUGACUGUUUUGAGCAGAGAAAACCUGGAAAAGUCAGAGAAUAUGUAUGAUACUCUGCACUAAAUUAUUUGAAGCUCGAUUGCAUGGUUAUGUAAGUUAGUUCCUUUUGGUUGUAGUUGAUCUACUCAUAGGCUUGAACACCUCUGCACAUCUAGCUACCACUGCUGUGUGACGUUCCUCAUUGCCUUGUGCAGUGUCUCACCAACCAUGAAUUUUCCAUGUACCUUCAAUUCUUACUUUAAACUAAUUUUACAACCAGGCAGCGAGAAAAAAAAGGGGGGGGAAUACCAAAUAAGUAAUUAAUUUCCUUGCUUUAUCCGUGAAUGAACUGCUAUUCUUACCUUAGCUACCACUUUAUACAUUUAAAUAGGAGAAUUUCAAUUUUAAGACCAGGAGUAAUCUAUCAAACUUCCUUGUCUGAAUCAAAGACCGUCUGACAAUAUGGUUUUGGACUAAGUCAGGAACCGGCAGACUGGAAAUCUAAAUGGAAAGUCCUUUGUUUUUUGUCUAUUCAUUUAAUAAUGCCCUCUCUUUCCCUUUCAGGGAAGAAGUGUUUAAUUUCCGAUCACCAAUUUUGCUAGGUACAUAUAACGAGGAUAAUCAAAAAGGAGCUUCAUUUAUUUACUCUUUUGAAGCAAUGAAUUACAUGAAAUCAUGUAAUUCAUCAUUUCUUAAAAUGAAUGAAAAAACGGUAAGGUAAAAAAACUACCCAUUGCCGGUGAAACUGCAGGAAGGCUUACCUUGGUUAGCGACGUUGCAGAAUGCUUGUCAUACUUUUUAUUUUUUAAAUGUAAAAAUACCAGUGUUUUCUCCCAUAAAAUGAAAUGGAAGUGGAGAUUUUGAAACAAUGUAUACAAGAUAUGUAUUCCUGCAGUUCCACUGUUGUCAUGCUUUUUCACCUCACCUUUUUGUUUUUGUUUUGUUUCUUCUGAUCUGUGUACCUACUCUAAAUUCAUAAACAUACUGAUUAUUGUCAAACGGAAAAAUGUUCAAUUAGAAAACUUCCCUUUAGUUUAUAUUAGACAUGGAAUAUAUACAUUUAAUUUUUUCAAAAACAAUUGAUAACAGAGAGGGUGCAUUUUCAUUGUAAGAAAAUCAGGGUUUUCAGCUGUUGAAAAAAAAGUAAUUAAAUUUUGAUUUUCGAGACACCA